AUGGCCGCCUGGCGCUGCUCUGGCCGCAGCAAUGCAGAGCUCGUCCAAAAUCUCUUUAAAGGCCAACUGAUCACAUCUACCCGAGUUAGGGAUUCGAUGGCCUCUGUUGACCGAGCUCACUAUGCUCCUCAUUCUGCCUACGAAGAUUCUCCACAAGGUAUCGGCUUUGGAGCCACCAUCUCUGCUCCACACAUGCACGCAUCCGCUGCAGAGUCACUGCUACCGCAUAUGCCAGAGAACAGGGGUGCCAGAGUGCUCGAUGUAGGAUGCGGGUCUGGUUACUUGACGCACGUACUUGCGAAUAUCGUCUGUGGAGGCGAUGGAUCAGGUGAUGGUAAGGUCAUUGGAAUUGACCACAUUCAGGGUCUGGUUGAUAUGUCGGAGAAGAACAUGCGUAAAUCUGCAGAGGGCAGACGUCUGCUCGAGACAGGAAAAGUCGAGUUCGUCAAGGGAGAUGGUCGUAAAGGGUAUGCAGCGGCUGGGCCAUAUGAUGCCAUACACGUGGGCGCGGCCGCUGUUGAGCUACACCAGGAGCUGAUCGAUCAGCUAAAGAGUCCUGGCAGGCUGUUCAUUCCGGUUGAGGAUCGAGGCGGAUGGGGCAGUCAGUAUAUCUGGGUCAUCGACAAAGAUGAAAAUUCAAAGGUCACGAAGCAGAAGACGAUCGGGGUUCGAUACGUGCCCCUGACAGACGCGCCGAAGCGUUGA